AUGACGUCCCCCAACGGCCUCAUCUGCUUCACGAAUUGUCUCCUACCUCAGGAGGAUGGCGCGCUCGUUCAGAAGGACCUCUGGAUUGACGAGAGGCGCGGCGUCAUCCUAGACUCCCAGCGCACCUUUUUCCUUCGCAAGGAGAGACCGGAUAGGAUCAUUGACCUCGGUGGUAACAUUCUGAGCCCAGGAUUCAUUGACAUUCAAAUCAACGGCGCAUACGACUUUGACUUUUCCGUCUACGAGGGCGACGACGAGGCCUACAAGGCGGGCCUCCGCACCGUGGCCGAGAAGAUUGUCGAGACCGGUGUGACCUCGUUGCUGCCCACCAUUAUUACACAAGAGCGCUCGCUCUAUCCGAAAAUUCUCCACCUCCUCCGCCCUUACGCCUCCGCGAACUCGGCCACGCUCCUGGGCUGGCACGCCGAGGGCCCAUUCAUCCAGUUUGCGAAGCGCGGCGCACACGCGCCUCAGUUUCUCCUCGCCGCGCAGGACGAGAUUAGAUCGUUUGAGGACGUGUACGGCGCCGAGAACCUCGCCGUGACAGAGGACUGGCUCAUGGGCGGGGAGGGCCACGACGAUACCGUCGGGGUGCGCGUGAUCACCGCUGCCCCAGAGGUAGAUGGAGUCCAAAGCACAAUUGAGGAGCUGGUGCGCCGCGGGAUCGUCUUCUCGAUCGGACACAGCAUCGCGUCCACAGAGGUCGCCACCGCGGCAGUCCAGUUUGGGGCGCGCCUCAUCACCCAUCUCUUCAACGCCAUGCCCCAGCUGCACCACCGCGACCCGUCGAUCAUCGGCCUGUUGGGCGCGUCCCCUCAUCUCUCCUCGCCCUCUUCGCCGACGUCUCCUGUCUCCGCGACGUUCACUCGUACGUCCACCCUCCAUCGCGUGUCGAGCGUCACAAAGCGCGCUGCGGCGGCGAAGGGGCCGCAGGCGACGUCCGAGGCAUUCGACGAUGUGCAGACGCCGCCGCAGACGCCGGUGCUCCGUGCGCAGGACGGGGACGUGGACGCGUUCGAGCUCGGGCUGCAGAAGGGCAAGGUCGCGGACCUGUCGUUCGAGCGGCCGUUCUAUGAGUUGAUCGUGGAUGGGAUCCAUUCGCACCCGAACUCUGUCCGGCUGGCCUACUCGUCGUACCCGGAGGGCUGCGUGCUGAUCACGGACGCGAUGAAGAUCCUCGACCCGAACUUGAAGGACGGCGUGCACGAGUGGCGCGACGGGAAGCGGUUCGUCAAGUCGGGCGAUAAGCUCUACCUCGAGGGCACCGACACACUCGCUGGAAGCGUCGUAACGCUUGAUAAGUGUGUGCGCAACUUCUCGCGCUUCACCGGCUGCUCGCUCGGCGAGGCGAUCAAGUGCGCGACGUUCAACCCUGCGAAGUGUCUCGGCAUUGAGCAUAAGAAGGGUACGCUCCGCCCCGGCGCGGACGCCGACCUGGUCGUGCUUGACCGCAAGGGCAAGGUACUCAGUACCUGGGUGGGCGGCCAUGAGGUCUGGCAGAAACAGUCCUCAUGA